ACGGGCCGAGGGAGUCGCGGAUGCACGGGGUGACGGCCUUGCCGGUGCGCUGGCGACUUGCGCGGGCUGCCGGGGCGUCUCGUGCGCGUCUGCUGGGCGCUGGGAUCGAUGGGGGGUGCACGAACGGAGGUCUGGGACUUGCGAGCGAGACGGGGCCACCUGCUGGGCACUUGCGACGGCCGGAGGGAGAGCUCGCGAGGGUUCAAAGGUUGGUAGCAGACACGCCCUUGGGGUCGUUAGAAGUCGAGGCUUUUCCAACUUGUGAGUCUUGCCUGGAAGGCAAAAUGACUAAGAGGGUUUUUAGUUCAAAGGGGCAUAGAUCCAAAGAUGUGUUAGGGCUAGUUCAUUCCGAUCUAUGUGGUCCUAUGAGUGUUCAAGCGAGAGGUGGUUUCGAGUACUUCGUUACAUUUAUCGAUGAUUACUCGAGAUCUGGAUACAUUUUCCUUCUGCACCACAAGUCUGAAUGCUUUGAGAAGUUCUUGGAGUAUAAGGCAGUUGUGGAGAAGCAGUUAGGAAAAAGUAUCAAGUCAUUACGAUCAGAUUGUGGUGGCGAAUAUCUCUCGAAUGAAUUUAGGAACUACUUGACGGAUAAUGGGAAUACGUCCCAGCUGACUGCGCGUGGCACGCCUCAGCAGAAUGGCGUAGCAGAACGGCGAAAUAGGACUCUUAUGGAAAUGGUUAGGGCAAUGAUGAGUUAUAGUACUUUACCAGAUUCAUUUUGGGGAUAUGCCCUAGAAAAAACAGGAAUACACAUUCUGAAUAGAGUACUUUUUAAAUCAGUACCGUCUACACCAUUGGAGUUGUGUCCUGGGCAUAAGCCCAGUCUAAGUCAUCUCAAGAUUUGGGGUAGUCCAGCACACAUGCUGAGAACCGAUACUGAUAAGUUGGAAUCGAGAAUAGAAGUAAGGCUGUUUGUGGGAUAUCCUAAGGAAACGAAAGGUGGUCUAUUUUAUAGUCCCGAGGACCAGAAAGUAAUCGUUAGCACGAAUGCUAG